UGUUAACAACAGCCGUUCUACUUGCUGAUGUAACAGUAAUUAGUAAGUGGAAGAAGAAAGAAAGGAUGUGACUAAUACGGGAGAAUGAUAAUUAAAUAUAUAUCAAGAGACUGGGAAAGACUCCGCGCGCCUUUCUUGAGGGUAUCAUCACCCCUUCCUUGCUUUUCUCUUCCAUAUAAAGAAUUCUCGAUACCGCGUUGAUCUGCACGCGUGUCGCUGAAUUUGGAAAUGCAGAACAAGCAAAAGAAUAACAGGCUUGUAGCCGAGCUGAGAGGGCACUGCAGAUUCAGAACAGUAGAUUCAGGUACCUCUCUCUCUUCGAUGGCUCUUGUCCCUCCCCGUCAAUUCUACCCAUCAACGUUUCAUGGAACCCGCUUCCACUUCCUGAGGAAAUCGAGUGUUUCGGCUCCUGCUAGAGGCAAGCCCGUUUCUUUGUUUAAUCCCAGCUUAAGCUUUAGUAGCAGCAACGGUUGGUUAGAUAAAUGGAACGAACCCAACAAGCAAAACAGCCCCAAAUUGCCUCGAGCUGUGAUGAAUUACAGAAAUGGCGGCGAUACUGGUGGUGGCAGUGGGUCCACAAUGCAGAGAAUCGUGGAGAAAUUGAAGAAAUUUGGAUACGUGGAUGAUGGGUAUGAGAGGAGAGAGAGACCGCCGGAAAGAGUGGUGGAGAAAGGAUCUGUGGAGGAUAUCUUUUAUGUGGAGGAAGGAUUGUUGCCGAACACGCGAGGCGGGUUUUCGGCAGAGUCGAGAAUCGCGGAAGCAAACGUGAUUGGGGAGAGCAGUGGAGCAAGGUUUCCGUGGGAUAAGCCAAAAGGGAAGGGGGAGGAAGAAGAUUGGUCUGCAAGGAGUAAGAGCAACACCUCAGUGGCGGAAUUGACGCUUCCGGAGCCGGAGCUGAGGAGGUUGAGGAACUUGACUUUUCAGACGAAGAGCAAGAUGAGGAUUGGCGGAGGUGGUGUUAAGCAAGCGGUCGUGGACACGAUUCACGAGAGGUGGAAGACCUCGGAGAUUGUGAGGUUGAAAAUUGAGAGUGCGGCUGCGCUUAACAUGAAGAGGACACACGAGAUAUUGGAGAGGAAAACCGGUGGUCUAGUGGUUUGGAGAUCUGGAACGUCGGUUUCAUUGUACAGAGGUGUGAGCUACAAAGACCCUUCAGUGCAACUGAAUAAACAAAUAUAUAGAAAAGAAGGAAGCUCAGCUACUUCAUCAGCACCUGCUGAUACCAUUGGUAGGGAUCCUUCGCAAUGUGGAAGCGGCGAGGAUGCGCGGGCAUCUGAUAUUGCAUCUGGGAAUAAAGAUUCAGAGUCAACGCCAGAAGUUGAAUAUGAACAUGAAAUGGACAAAUUGCUAGAUAGCCUGGGUCCUAGGUACAGAGACUGGCCAGGAUGCGAGCCCUUGCCUGUGGAUGCAGACAUGUUGCCUGGAACAGUUCCUGGUUACCAACCUCCUUUCAGAAUCCUUCCUUAUGGAGUACGAGCAACGAUUAGCCAAAAGGAGGCAACGGCUUUGAGAAGGCUUGCUAGAGUACUUCCUCCACAUUUUGCUUUAGGAAGAAGCAGGCAGCUCCAAGGUUUGGCUGUGGCCAUGAUCAAGCUAUGGGAAAAAAGUUCAAUUGCGAAGAUUGCACUAAAACGUGGCGUACAGCUUACAACUAGUGAGAGGAUGGCGGAAGAUCUUAAGAAUUUGACAGGGGGAGUACUGCUCUCAAGAAACAAGGACUUCUUGGUUUUCUAUCGAGGUAAAAAUUUUCUCUCGCUAGAAGUCACUGAAGCAUUAUUGGAGAGGGAAAGACUAGCAAAGUCCCUUCAAGAUGAGGAGGAGCAGGCUCGCUUGAGGGCAUCAGCCUCGGUUGUUCCAACCGAUCAUAUGUAUGAGCAGCCCGGAAAUACCGGUACGCUUAUGGAGACUCUUGAUGCCAAUAAAAAGUGGGGAAAGAAGUUGGAUGAACAGCACAAAGAAAAAGUAAUGAUGGAAGCAGAAAUAACAAGGCAUGCAAGCCUCGUCAGGAAGCUUGAAAGAAAGCUUGAUUUUGCUGAGAAAAGGCUAUUUCGAGCCGAAAGAGCUUUGUCAAAGGUUGAGGAGUUCCUGAAACCAGCAGAACUGCGAGCAGACCCGGACAGCAUCUCUGAUGAAGAGAGAUUCAUGUUCCGCAAGCUUGGCUUAAGGAUGAAAGCAUUUUUGCUUCUUGGAAGACGGGGUGUUUUUGAUGGUACGGUGGAGAACAUGCACUUGCAUUGGAAGUAUCGAGAGCUGGUGAAGAUCAUUCUGAAGUCAAAGACCUUCGACCAUGUUAAGAAAAUAGCUUUGGCUCUCGAAGCCGAGAGUGGUGGGGUCUUGGUUUCUGUUGACAAAGUCUCCAAAGGGUAUGCCAUUGUGGUGUUCCGUGGAAAGGAUUAUAAGCGGCCUUCCACCUUGAGGCCAAAGAAUCUUCUAACGAAGAGGAAGGCUCUGGCUCGUUCUAUUGAGCUUCAAAGACGCGAGGCACUCCAAAAUCACGUGUCCAAUCUGCAGAAAAAGGUGGAGCAACUUCAAUCCGAAAUCGAACAAAUGGACCGCAUGAAAGAGAAAGGCGACGACGCUUUUUACGACAGAUUAGAUUCUGCUUACCCCACUGAUGAGGAGGACAAUGAGGAGGAAGGAGAUGAGGCAUAUCUGGGGAUGUAUAACAGCGAAAAUGGUGGUGAAGAUGAACACAGCAAUCCGAGUUAUGAACUGCUCUCAGAAGCCGAAUUUUCAGAUGAUGAAGAAAACGAGGAGUCUCAACCAGAUUCAGAAGGCCCGACUACACGUGCGUAUGCAGCGUCGAGCACCACUGUGCAUUAGGGGUGUAAAUGGUUCGGUUUUCCUGAAAAACCGAACCGAACUGAACUGGUAGGGGUG